AAGAGGUAAUUGUAUCCCCUGUUUGGCCUUACGGCCCCCCUCCUCCCCCCCUCCUCCCCAGGAGGGGGCAAAUACAAAAGGAGGGAAGGAGAGGAUGAGGGGGUCAUCAGGUUCAGAGUGAGCCACAGAAAGCAAAGAGAACCAUGACUGUCUUGUGUGAAAGCUGCAGCAGGCCAAUCAGGAGGAAGAUCUGCAGCUCUCAAUGCUCUACAUCUGUCUCCAAGCGGGAGUUCAGGACCCCAAAAUCCUUCAGGUCAACCAAGGGGGCUUCCAAGGCUCGUCGGGAUCACAUCAAUGCUGAGCUGCAGACUCUGCGUUCCCUGCUGCCCAUCUCCGAGCAAGAGAUGGAGCGCCUCUCCUACCUUCACACCAUGGCUUUGGUUUGCUUCUACAUACGAGAGGCUCAGCUCUUUCCUCCAGGGCCACAUGAUAUGAUGGGACCACCUGCUGCUGCUGCUCCUGCAGUGAUAGAUCCAGAACUGCUGUUUUCCCUUCCAGGUUUCAUCCUGGCUCUUACUGCAAAUGGCAAGCUAGCCUACAUCUCUGAGAAUGUGUCCCAUUUCCUCGGUUUCUCUGUGGUAGAACUCCUAGCCCACGGCGACUCUAUCUUUGACCUCUUAAGCAGUACAGCAACCAGGAUUAUGCAGGAGAAGCUCUGCUUUGCCCAGCAGCAUCCAGGCACUGAAAUUGAGUUUGUCACUGAAAUGCGCACCUUGAGAGCCUUUCAGGCGAGACAUGGAAGGAACCGCUCUAUGGCUGUGAGGGGCAGAUUUCUCAUGCUUGGCACACAGUUGACUUCCACCUCUCCUGCACUGACUUUCGUUGCCUUCUGCACACCUAUUGAGCACCUGUCUGAAAAUAGGGGUGGUGCUUCCCCAAAUUCCUCGUUCCAGAGCCAGCACACUCUGGAUAUGAAGAUUGCAGAAGUUAAAGAAAGUGUUAUUUAUCAUCUUGGUUAUCAGAAGGAAGAGUUGAUUGGCCAGUCUUGGUACAAUCUCCUACAUCCUGAAGAUGCUGGCAGAGCUGCAGAGCUGCACAGGACCCUAAUUCAUGGUGCUGGCAAACACAGCCAGCAUAUGGUCGUCCGUAUGCUCUGCAAAAACCUGAGCUGGGCCUGGGUGCAAGUGGAUGCACGGAGGGAAAAUGGCAAGGGAGGAGAACUGGUCAUUUGUACCAACCACAUCCUCAGUGAGGAAGAAGCCUUUUACAUCCAGAGUCAAGAGGCACAGCAUGGAGCCAUUUCAACAGCCACCCCAAAUCAGAGACACUGCAUCGGAGAAAUAAAGCCACAGACACCGCUAAAGGAAGUCAGCCUUUUCCUUGAAGAGUCAAUGACAUCCAGGGAUGAGACACUUAAGUACAAUUCCUGCCAGCCUCUUGAUGCUUGUGAAGAGCAGAUACUCCCUGCUCCCCUCCAGCCUCCACUUCCAACCAGCUUUCCUGUCCCUAGUGUGACGGCUGAUGUCACCACUUUGCAGUCCCCUCCAGAAACUGGAUUUCCCUUCUUCCCUGCUGACUGGCACAAGAAUACAUCCUGCCUAGAUGGUGGUGACAGCCUGCCCUCCUCAAGCCCUUAUACUCUCUGUUCCCCAGAAAGCACAUAUUCCCCUGACAACAGCCCUUCUGUAAACUUUUCUCCAUUAUUUGAAGAAAGACCACCGACAGUAAUGUUCCCAGCAACGGGCACAAGCUCUGAUCUGGACAAAUGGGCCAUCAGUGUGCUGGCUGAACAAAUCCACUCCCUGGCUGAAAUCUUCUCUCAGUACACGAAGCAAAUUAUCCAGGAGCCUCCCAGUAUCUCGUGUUGGCCUGGACAGCCUAUUGAGGACACUCACCUGGGGUCUAGGCAGGACCGAGGGACUAAUGGAGAUCUAAAUUUCCCUGAGGAACUCCCUGUGGAUGAAGAGAUCAUCAACGGCAUCUUAAACAACCUCCUAGAUAAUGACACCUUGAGCUUGCCUACCUCUGAGCUGGGGUCAGCGCACCAUUUUGACAUGUCCGACUCUGACUCACAGCUUCCUCUGGUCCUGAUGCCACUGACAGAAGCAACUCCUUGCCUCAGUCAGUGCCACUUCCUGCAGCCUUUAUCGUCCUCUGCAUCCUCUGAUUCUCAUGUGCCUGAAUCCCAGUGGGAUGGGAGAUUCCAAGCUACACUUCAGCAAGGUGCCAUUCCAGAGGAGGCCAUGUUCUGCUGAACCUGCACGGGGACCCAGGAAUUCCAGCGUAUGCAUCCCCACAACUCAGCUGAACUGACACUCUUCAGUAGCAUGACUGACGUGCUGCCAAACAAAUGGGGCUGGGCAGGCCUUGGGUUCUUGCCUGGGCUGGGCAGUAGGACAGGCACCACACCGCCAAGAGGAGCCCACUGACCCACCUAGACCUUAUUGCUAGCUAGCCUGGAUAUUCCCCCUGCCUGUUCUUGCGUGGCAGGGGGUGGUGCCUUAAUGUGCUGAAGAGGAGCAGCCUGCAGGGGGCGCUGCACCGACGUUCUGACGCGGGAGCGGGUUCUCCCCGGCAUCUGUAAAUAAAAGCAUU